CCUGAGAUUUCCUGAGAUAUAUAUCACGCGCAAACGGUGUGUAAAUUUCACCACCUGAAAAUAUGUCCGGAAGAGAAGUCCGGGAAUACACAAAUCUUUCCGAUCCCAAAGAUAAGAAAUUUGGAAAGGGGAAAGAUAGAAUCGAUGACGAAGACAUCACUUUUCAAAGAAUGGUCGCCAAGAUGCAAGAGGUAGCAGGAGAACGUGGUGGCUAUCUUCAUGGCCGUGGUGCCUUGGACAGUGACGAUCUGCUCUAUCUUAAGGAGCAAAUGGAAGCUGAAGAGGAUGCUGAACGCUUAUUACGCCGCACGGAAAAGCGAGCAUUUGCUGCCUUUAAAAAAGCUGCAAGUGUAGCUGAUUCUUCACCAGCUUUGAUUCCAUUGCCACUCCGUGUAGAGCCAAAAACAAAGACGGGAAUAAGGCAACAAGAUUUACUGAAAAAAGUAGUGGAAGUCAAGCCGAAGCGUCAGAAGGUUUCAACUGAGCCUGUUUCAUCAGAGUGUAAUGUGCGAGUUAAUACAGACGAUGAAAUUGGACCAAGAAAUCAAAGCAAGGAAGAGAAUGAAGCAGUAAAAGUGACCAACCCCAUUAAAAGCUUGCUUGCAGCAUAUCAAAGUUCAGAUGAUGAUGAUGAAGAUUGAUUGGGAAAAUAAGUGGCUGGUUGAAAGAACGACUAUAUAUAUAUGUUUUGUAACCGUAGCGUAAAAUUUAGUAGCAGGUGUUUUGUAACUGAAAUUCUGUAUUUUCUUAAUGUUUUGAAUCAGUGACCUUGGAAAUUCAGAUUGAUUCUGUAAAAUCCUUUGUUGCUACCUUUUGAGUUUA